GACAGCUGGCGCCGGCUGCAGCCCGGGGGCCGGAGGCGGCAGGCGCGGGCGCGGUGGCCCGGACCUUGCUACGCUGCAGGGAACCUCAGCUGCCGCCGGCCCCUACCAGAAGGAACCUCAGCCUCCGGCCCUUCCUCACCUUUGGAAAUGGCGGGUGAAAUCACAGACACCGGGGAGCUCUAUUCUCCCUACGUGGGGCUGGUGUACAUGUUCAACCUCAUCGUGGGCACCGGCGCUCUCACCAUGCCCAAGGCCUUCGCCAGCGCCGGGUGGCUGGUCAGCCUGGGCCUGCUGGUGUUCCUGGGCUUCAUGAGCUUCGUCACCACGACCUUUGUGAUGGAGGCCAUGGCGGCGGCCAACGCACAGCUCCACUGGAAGAGGAUGGAAAACCGGCAGGAGGAGGAUGAUGAUGACUCCUCCUCUGCCUCCGACAGUGACGCUCUCAUGCAGGACAGCUAUGAACGGGCAGAGAAGCGGCCCAUCCUGUCAGUGCAGAGACGGGGCUCCCAGAACCUGUUUGAAAUCACGGACCGGGUGGAGAUGGGACAGAUGGCCUCCGUCUUUUUCAAUAAAGUGGGGGUGAACUUGUUCUACUUCUGCAUCAUCACCUACCUGUACGGGGACCUGGCCAUCUACGCGGCCGCCGUGCCCUUCUCCCUCAUGCAGGUGACCUGCGCCGGCGGCAACGACUCCUGUGGGGUGGAGGCCGACGUCAAGUACAACGACACGGACCAGUGCUGGGGCCCCCUGCGCCGCGUGGACGCCUACCGCAUCUACCUGGCUGUCUUCACUCUCCUCCUGGGACCUUUCACCUUCUUCGAUGUCCAGAAGACCAAAUACCUGCAGAUCCUGACCUCGCUCAUGCGGUGGAUCGCCUUCGCCAUCAUGAUCGUGCUGGCCCUGGUGCGCAUCGGGCACGGGCAGGGGGAGGGGCACCCGCCCCUGGCCAGCCUCUCGGGGGUCCGGAACCUGUUCGGGGUGUGCGUGUACUCCUUCAUGUGCCAGCACUCGCUGCCCUCCCUCGUCACGCCCGUGUCCUGCAAGCGCCACCUCACGCGGCUGGUCCUCAUGAACUACGUGCUGAUCCUGGCCUUCUACAGCCUGCUGUCCUUCACCGCCAUCUUCUGCUUCCGCGGCGACAGCCUCCUGGACAUGUACACCCUGAACUUCGCGCGCUGCGACGUGGUGAGCGUGGCCGCCGUGCGCUACUUCCUGGGCCUCUUCCCCGUCUUCACCAUCAGCACCAACUUCCCCAUCAUCGCCGUGACCCUCCGCAACAACUGGAAGACGCUCUUCCACCGUGAGGGGGGCACGUACCCCUGGGUGGUGGACCGCGUGGUGUUCCCCACCAUCACCCUGCUGCCCCCGGUGCUGGUGGCUUUCUGCACCCACGACCUGGAGUCCCUGGUGGGCAUCACGGGGGCGUACGCGGGCACGGGCAUCCAGUAUGUCAUCCCCGCCUUCCUGGUUCACCUCUGCCGCAAGGACUCCCAGCUGGCCUUCGGCCCCGAGGCGGUCAACAAGCACCGCUCCCCGUUCCGUCACACCUUCUGGGUGGGCUUCGUGCUCUUCUGGGCCUUCUCCUGCUUCCUCUUCGUCACCGCCAACAUCGUCCUCAGCGAGAGCAAGGUCUGACAGCAGAGCCGAGACCUGUUGCCUCCCGGCCUCGCCUCUGGGGGGUAAGGGGGCCCCUGCCUCGAGAGCUGGGGGUCUUCUCCCACGGGGCCUCCUGCCCGGGGCCGCCCCUGGCCAGCUGGGCUAUGCAGCCCAGGCCCAGGCUGCUCCAGAUUCCAGGACUCAGCACCUGAGCCACCCCUGUGCUCUAUACCCCUCCAGGGUGCCCCGCUUAGCAGGGGGAGCCCCAGUCCUGCACUGCCUCUAUUUAUACCCAUGUUCCCCUCCGCCUGCCCUCCAGACCCUUCCCAUCCUUGUCUGGGAGACCCCCCCUUUGGGGGGCAAAGCCCAGCCUAGCCCCUCCCCACCAGCACCCGAGACCGCAGGCUGCCUCCUCGGUGUCACUUCCAGGUGAGGGUCUGGCCGGCCCCAAAGACAAGCGCAGGAAACGUUUGUCGGGCCCAGAAAGCCCCAGAGCCGCGAGGGCCCUGGCGUGGGCGCAGCCCCGUGCUGGCUCCUGGCCCACGUUGACGAGGGUGGGCAGGACAGUAGCCCUGUGCUGGACAAGAGCCCGGAGCUUCGGACCCUGAGGCGAUCCUCUGCUCCCCUGUCUGCUGGCGGGGUCCUCGGUGCCUCCUGCAGUGCAGGGGCGUGGGCCAGGGGCCCCCGGGGGAGCUGCCCUCGCCUUGCCCCAGGCUGGGAAGGCCUGGCUCGGGGUGCCUGCCUGAGGCCAGGCCCGAGGCAGGCGGGCUGUGGGUGCUCGGAGUGCACGUCUCCGGGUCCUUAGGGCGGCGUGGGGGAGAUGGAGCCCCAGCCGCCACCCUGUGGGAGAGGCCGUCCCGCCGCGGCCUCCCCUCCCAACCACCUCCGCUGCAGACGGAGGUGGCAAACUGCAUUUUCAAUGUGCCUUCCGCUUGGGGCCCAGGGUCCCUCCUGCCCCUCCCUGGCUUGGCCAGCCCCGGGCCUGUCCCAGCAGCGCAAGGGGCCAGGAGCUGCCCCUCUGGGUGGGGUGUCGGCACCCUGCCCCUCCCUCUUGAUUUCAGUGCCUUGCUCAGCCCAUGGCCGCAGCCUCCUGCCUCUCACCCUCUCCAUGCUCUGGACAGAACGACGAUGGCGGGUCGAGGUGGCCUCGGCGCCGGGAAGUGUAGCCCCACGCCCGGGAUCCCGCAGCCUCACCGGCCUGCUCUCCCUCGCGCUUUGUCUGCGCCCCGUGUCAUUGUCAUCCACGGGAAAAAUAGAAGCCCCUUCCUCACUGGCCACUGGCUCCUUCCCGGAGGCCCCGCUCUAGGGCGGGCGGAGGAGGGAGGAAUCCUCUCGUGGAGCCGAGAAAAUGAAGACCCGGCCCCUGAGGCGGUGCCUGCCCUGAGCUGCCCGGCUGUUUGCAGAAAACUCAAUUAAAACAUCUGUACUAACCCUUCUCCAAUUACAUUCCCUCUUGCUUAAAGACAAAGCAAAUUAAAUCCUCCUGCCGCCCCAGGCGCCAA